AUGUUGGGGAUUGGUGAGGUUUUUAUAGUUCUGGUAGCAUCUCUUCUGAUUUUGCAAUUCCUAAAGUUGCAAUGGAUGCGUAGCCAGCUUCCUCCAGGACCAAUUCCCCUCCCUGUCUUUGGAAACCUGUGGCUCCUGAACUUCAAACUUCAACGAGAAAAUCUUGCCGAGUUAGCCAACAUCUAUGGAAAUAUCUACACAGUGUGGCUAGGACAGUCACCUGUGGUUGUACUGAACGGAUACAAAGCGGUCAAAGAUGGCCUAGUCACCCAUUCAGAAGAGCUUUCUGGUCGACCUCUCACUCCUUUCUAUGCAGAUAUGAUGGGUGAAAAAGGCAUUUUUCUGACAAGUGGACACACCUGGAAGCAACAAAGACGCUUUGGCAUGACUAUUAUAAGAAGCCUGGGACUUGGUAAGAACAACUUGGAGCAUCAAAUACAAAUGGAGGCCUGUCACCUCGUGAACAACUUUGCAAACACAAAAGGCAACCCUUUUGACCCCCAUACUUUCAUUGUCCACGCUGUUGCAAAUGUAAUCUGUGCUGUUGUUUUUGGUCAUCGCUUCUCCAGUGAGGAUGAAUCUUUCAGCAAGCUUAUCAAAGCCGUCCAUUUUGUGAUCUAUUUUCAAGCUACUAUCUGGGGAAGGAUGUAUGAUGCUUUUCCAUGGCUUAUGCAGUAUUUCCCAGGACCUCAUCAGGAAGUGUUCGCAUACAGUCAUUUCAUGCACAACUUAGUUAUGGAUGAGGUCCGGAUUCAUGAGAGACACAACACAGGUGAUCCACGGGAUCUCAUUGACUUCUACCUGGCUCAAAUAGCAAAAACCAAAGAUGACCCUACCUCUACUUUUAACACUGACAACAUGGUUCAAACUGUGGUUGAUCUUUUGCUGGGAGGGACAGAAACAACGAGUACCACCCUUCUCUGGGCACUGCUCUAUAUGGUGAAAUUCCCAGAAAUACAAGAAAGGGUUCAUAGAGAGAUAGAAGCUGUUCUGGAACCCUCCCAACUAAUCAGCUACGAAGACCGCAAAAAGCUGCCGUAUACGAACGCUGUCAUUCACGAAACCUUGCGCUACAGCAACAUCACUUCCAUUGGGGUCCCUCGACAGUGUGUGAGAAACACAACUUUGCUGGGCUUUCCCAUCAAAAAGGGUACACUCAUACUGCCCAAUCUGCACUCCGUCGUGUAUGACUCUGAGCACUGGGAGACCCCUUGGAAAUUCAAUCCAGAUCAUUUCCUUGAUUUGGAUGGCAACUUUGUGAAUAAAGAAGCAUUCUUACCUUUCUCAGCAGGGCACCGUGUAUGUUUGGGGGAACAGAUGGCACGGGUUGAACUGUUCAUCUUCUUUACCAACCUGCUUCGGGCAUUCACAUUCCAGAUCCCCGAGGGAGUAAAAGAUAUCAAUUUGGAAUACAUUUUGGGUGCAAUACUGCAACCACAUCCAUAUAAACUCUGCGCUAUUCCACGCUAG